UGACGUGUCCGACGUGUUCAGUUGUCUCAAACUGUUGUACGGUCCCAUUGACGCGAGAUCUUUUGGGAACAUUUCUUCACUUUUUACUGAGACUGACUGACUGGUGUUUUAACUGACUGUUUAACUGUAUAGCCAUCAGUUCAUCAGAAUAUAAUAAAAAGAAUAAAUCAGUACCAAACAGAAAAACAACAACCUAACCAUGGGAAUCAAAUUCCUCGAAGUCAUCAAACCUUUUUGCAGUAUACUGCCGGAAAUUGCCAAACCCGAACGCAAGAUCCAAUUCAGAGAGAAAGUGCUAUGGACUGCCAUAACGCUCUUCAUCUUUUUGGUAUGCUGUCAAAUCCCUCUGUUCGGCAUCAUGAGCUCAGACUCGGCUGAUCCCUUCUAUUGGAUACGUGUCAUUUUGGCCUCAAAUCGUGGUACCCUCAUGGAAUUGGGUAUAUCCCCCAUUGUCACAUCUGGCUUGAUCAUGCAAUUGUUGGCUGGUGCCAAAAUCAUUGAAGUUGGUGAUACUCCUAAGGAUCGCGCUUUGUUCAAUGGUGCUCAAAAGUUGUUUGGCAUGGUGAUCACCAUUGGUCAGGCCAUUGUUUAUGUUAUGACUGGCAUGUAUGGUGACCCAUCAGAAAUUGGUGCUGGCGUUUGUUUAUUGAUCAUCAUCCAGCUGUUUGCCGCCGGUUUGAUUGUGUUGCUUUUGGAUGAACUGUUGCAGAAGGGCUAUGGCUUGGGUUCUGGUAUUUCUCUCUUCAUUGCCACCAACAUUUGCGAAACUAUUGUGUGGAAGGCCUUCUCUCCCACCACCGUCACCACAGGACGUGGCACUGAAUUUGAAGGUGCCGUCAUUGCUCUCUUCCAUUUGAUGGCAACUCGCAACGAUAAGGUGCGCGCUUUGCGUGAAGCUUUCUACCGUCAAAAUUUGCCCAACUUGAUGAACUUGUUGGCUACCGUUCUUGUUUUCGCUGUUGUCAUCUACUUCCAAGGUUUCCGUGUGGAUUUGCCCAUCAAGUCUGCCCGUUAUCGUGGUCAAUAUAGCAGCUACCCCAUCAAGCUUUUCUACACCUCCAAUAUCCCUAUUAUCCUGCAAUCUGCCCUUGUAUCGAACUUGUAUGUCAUCUCGCAGAUGUUGGCUGUGAAAUUCCAAGGCAACUUCUUUAUCAACUUGCUCGGUGUUUGGGCUGAUGUUGGUGGUGGCGGCCCAGCUCGUUCCUAUCCCAUUGGUGGUCUGUGUUACUAUCUAUCGCCUCCUGAAAGUGUGGGCCAUAUCUUAACAGAUCCAAUUCAUGCAAUUCUGUACAUUAUCUUUAUGUUGGGCUCUUGCGCUUUCUUCUCUAAGACAUGGAUUGAUGUAUCUGGAAGCUCUGCCAAGGAUGUUGCUAAACAACUAAAAGAACAACACAUGGUUAUGCGUGGCCAUCGUGAAAAUUCUAUGAUCCAUGAACUAAAUCGUUAUAUUCCCACCGCUGCUGCUUUCGGUGGUCUUUGCAUUGGCGCUCUGUCCGUUUUGGCCGAUUUCUUGGGUGCCAUCGGUUCUGGCACCGGUAUUCUUUUGGCCGUCACUAUCAUCUAUCAAUACUUUGAAAUCUUCGUUAAGGAACAAUCCGAAAUGGGUGGUAUGGGAACGCUGCUGUUCUAAGCAUAUCCAUAUACAGCUUAAAGCAAAGUGUGUGUGUAUAUGUUUGUAUGUUUAGAUUUGUAAGAACAAUCCGAAACAUUUUACGCUUCGGAUUUUUAUAAACAUUUCUCUGUAACAAUUAAUUUAACAACAACUUAAAGAUGUGGAGAGGUGGCCAGGUGACUAAAGGGGAAAUGUUUGCUUAUUAUUUCUAAAUUUUCUUAGAGAUUGUCAUAACGAGAUUUAUUCUUAUCAUUCUUAUCACCGACCGGGUUCUCUGCACUCAAUCGUGACUUAACGUUAACGAUGCGCUCUUACGAAGCGACGAUAAAGGAUUUUUGUGCUCUUGUCUAAAGAAGCGCAUGAAAAUACAACCGUAUCCUUUGUAUAUUCCACUAAUUUAUUUGAGAUGUCAUUUCAUCGAAAUCGAUUCAACUGUCUCCAUCUACGCAUGAAAAUAUAUCAUUGAAUUUACGUUUGUUUUUGUACUGUUAAGUUAAAAUUUACACAAAUAAAACCCAAACAAAACUGUUGAUACUAUUUUUACAGUGGAAAAUAA